AAUGAACUAAUUUCUUAAAAGGGUUAAAAUUUGGAGCUAAAUGGGUAAGAAAAAGAACAUUAUUAAAGGAGAAACAGCAAAAGAGAAGGAAAAAGGAGCCCCAACUAUCAAUAAUAAUAAAUUAAUUAUAAUAGGAGCAGUUUUACUCAUUGGCUUGCUUCACAGUCAACAUUUAAGUUUAUUGUUUGAAAAUGAUCGUUACUUCUCAGCGUUGUCACCUCUGGAAAGAGACCUCUCACUGAGGACUGAAAUGGGCUUAUAUUAUUCGUAUUAUAAAGUCAUUAUUAAUUCAGAUAGUGUGAUUAAUGGAAUCAAUAAUUUAAUUAAUGACAAUAUCACAGAAUAUCCUGACACUAUCAACACCUUAAAAAGAUUCAAUUUAUAUCCAGAAGUAAUAAUAGGAUUAAUGUAUCGAGGCCUUAGAGUGACUGCUGAUACUUUGAAAUUAAAUUUUGAGAAUUGUUUUAAAAUUGAACGAGGCCGAGGAAUGUCUUCAAUAAUAACUUGUACAGGACUGACUGUCCCUCAUUAUUUCUACAUGUACUGUGUAUUUGCACUCAACUCUUUACUGCCAAUUUCAAUAUUUCUAUUGUCACAUUAUUUGAGUAACUCCUUAUUUGGUGGUCUAUUAUCAGUUGCUAUGUUCUUUUAUAAUCAUUCAGAGGCUACCAGAGUGAUGUGGACUCCGCCCCUAAGAGAAAGCUUUUCAAUGCCAUUUCUGUUUUUACAGUUUCUAUUUUUGACUAAAAUCAUUAAUAACAUACAGGGCAGUGUUAAGAAUAUUAAUUAUUUAUUUUUUGGAAUUUCAACACUUUUCUUUAUGAUACCCUGGCAGUUUUCACAGUUUACAAUAUUAACACAAGUCCUGUCCAUCAUGUGUGUAUAUAGUUUAGGGUUAAUUCCCAAAAGUAAAGUGAUUAGAAUUCUCCUAACACUAAUGAUUGUGUUAUUAAUUAAUUAUAUUGUCCAGUUUGGUAAUGUAAUGCUCCUAACCUCAUACCUAAUGCUCACUCUCCUCUCCUCUUUGACAAUAGCUCUUUGUCAUGAAGCCUUCCAUUGUUUCAGAUAUACACUACUUAUAUCAUUUUUGAGAAUGUCACUAGUUGUUGUUCUGGUUUUGGUUGCUAAGGUAACCAGUGGAUACUUACUGGGAAUCAAAGAUGAUGCUCAUAUUGGCUCUAUACUACUGUCUAAGUUUACUUCUUAUCAAGACUUCCAUACUCAACUGUACACCUGUGCUGCAGAGUUUGACUUCAUAUCUUUCAAGUACUUUAUGAAACUAUCAGUGACUAUUCUGCUGCCACUAACAAUUGUAAUAAUGCUUAAAAUAAUGGGACAGUUCCUUAAUGUUGCAACUACUGACAACAAUACUCAGGCUGUUAGGUUGUACCAUAUUCUUCAGUUAUCUUGUUUUGCUGUGAUGUCAUUCUUAAUAAUGAGAUUGAAACUGUUCCUAACCCCACACCUCUGUAUAAUCUCAGGUCUAUUGGCCAGCAGAAAGCUGUUCAAGUUGUCCUCGAGACAGAGGGCGUGGGUUUUAGGUGGAGCAUUAGCUCUCUCCUCCAUUGCUGGACUUUAUAACUUAAACGAGCAAAUGAGUAUAAUCGGAGAAUAUAGUAAUCCUGAGCUAGAGGAGAUGAUCAACUGGAUUAACGACUCACUACCAAAAAAUGGAGUGUUUGGUGGUAGCCUGCCUUUAAUGGCUUCCAUUAAACUAACGACUGAUCGUCCAAUAGUGGUCCACCCUCACUAUGAACACACUGACCUGAGGGAGAGGGCCCUCCUAGUGUAUACCAUAUAUAGUAAAAGGUCUCCUGAAGUUAUUUAUAAUAAUUUGAGAGGGUUGGGGGUGGAGUAUGUUGUCAUGGAAACACCAAUGUGUCAUGCUGAGUAUCGUAAAGGCUGUGCUCUUAGUGACGUAUAUUUGAAUUAUUUUCCUGAUGAUAUUAAUAAUGAUUUAUUCUGUGAUUCAGUUCAAGAGUCUGUCCCCAGUCCCUUUAAACUAGUAUACUCCAAUGAAGUGUACAGGAUACUCAUGGUUGGAAAUCACACCCAAUGACCUCCCCACUUCAAGCUAAACUGACAAGAACUUUUCCCUUUUAUAAACUCUAUUUUUGAUAAUCAAUUUCUCAGGUUUUUGUUGAAAAAUGAAAUAAUAAUCUUCAACAAGUUUCUUUGAAAUUUUGAAUUGAAAAAAAUCUAA